CAUAGGCUUUAGGGUUUUUGGUUUCUUUCAGCUAUAAAAGCUCCCCUGCGUUACCCCUUUUCUCGCUCCUCUCCACACUUUCUCUUCCAGACCUGAAGCUAGUAACCCAGAUCUCGAGAUCGAAAUCGAAGCUGAAGCUAAAAUGGAGCAGACCUUCAUCAUGAUCAAGCCCGAUGGGGUCCAAAGAGGCCUGGUUGGUGAGAUUAUCUCCAGGUUUGAGAAGAAGGGUUUCACUUUGAAAGGUUUGAAGCUGAUCACCGUGGACCGCCCUUUUGCCGAGAGGCACUAUGCGGAUCUCUCCGCCAAGCCAUUCUUCAAUGGACUUGUUGAAUACAUUAUUUCUGGUCCCGUGGUUGCGAUGAUCUGGGAGGGUAAGAAUGUGGUCGUCACUGGUCGCAAGAUUAUUGGAGCCACUAACCCCUCAGAGUCUGCCCCUGGCACCAUACGUGGUGAUUUUGCUGUUGAAAUUGGCAGGAAUGUCAUCCACGGUAGUGAUGCUGUUGAGAGUGCAAGAAAAGAGAUUGCAUUGUGGUUCCCUGAUGGCCCUGUAAACUGGCAGAGCAGCCUUCACCCCUGGAUCUACGAGUAAAGCUUAUUCUAGUUUAGCAGGUUCCAAAUAGCUGCUUAGUAAUCCGAAUUCUGGUAAUUUAUGUUGGUUUCUCGUAAUUGUUGGGUAUUUAAGCUUCAUUGAGAUAUCUGUGUAUUUUGAAGAGCUAUUGUCUUUUCUGCAUGGCGAGACAACAGAAGACAUGGUUAUUCUGGUUUUGAUUAUUAUAUGAUUUUGAGUACUUUGUCCA